AUGGUGGUCACCGGAAGCCCCGCCUCCAAAACCGCCGCAACCACACUUCACGCUCUACAAACCGGGUACCGUCAUAUCGAUACCGCAGGUGUUUACCGUAAUGAGCAUGGCGUCAUUGCAGCUUCUACUCAGUUUCUCACUCUCAACCCUACGAUUCCACGGUCCUCGUUGUUCAUCUCUACUAAAUUUGCUCCCCAUCUAAAGGGCUAUAAAGCCGCGACGAAUGCUAUUGCUCAGAGUCUUUCGCAUUUUAGAAAUCCCUUGGCAUUAGAUGAUCCUAGAUUGAAUCUUCCGGCUACAAGACCUAAUGGUGUGGAUUCUAGUGGUUGGCCUAAGGAUCCGGUGUUUGAUACCCCGAGGACGGAGGAUGAUGGGCUUGGGUAUAUUGAUUUAUACCUUAUCCAUGCACCUUCUGGCACGCUGGAAGAGCGUAACGGUGCCUGGAAGGCGAUGGUGGAAGCUCAGCAGAGAGGGGAGAUAAAGCAUUUGGGAGUGAGUAACUAUGGCGUUAGGCAUUUACGGGAGUUGCACGAGUUUAUAACACAUGAAGAGAGCGAAGGACGGCCCGGUGGGAAGAUAGAGGUAUGGCAGGGAGAGAUACACCCUUGGUUGAGUCGACAUGAUGUCAGGGCGUUUUGUGAAGAGUUUGGUAUUGUAAUUCAGGCUUAUAGUCCACUUGUGAGGGGACAAAAGUGGGGCGAUCCCUUGUUGAAGGAGAUCGUUGAGAGGACGGGGAAGACGGAGGCACAGAUUUUGGUUCGGUGGAGUUUGCAGAUGGGGUUCGUGCCGUUGCCAAAAUCAGAGAAGAACGAUCGAAUCACGGAGAAUGCAGAUGUUUUUGAUUUCAACUUGACAGAAGAGGAAGUUAAGAGACUGGAUACCGGGAAAUAUGAGCCUUGUACACAAUGGGAUCCCACAGUCUGGACGCAUUAA